AGCAGCCGUCUCUCUCAUCCUCAAUUCAUCUGCGUAAAUCAUCCAUAAUCGACUUAUCAAGAAAUCCUUUUCAAGCCUAAAAUGGCAGAGGAUAACAUUAGUGAACAUGAGACCGAGGUGAUGCCUGAGAAUUCUGUUCCAAUUGAAGUUCAAGUUUCCGAAAACGAUCAGGGGGAUGCUAUAGAAACUCAAGAUAAUGAGAACGAAGAAGGUGGUGAUGCUCUAGAGGGUGCUGCGGUGGAGGGUGCUGCUGCAGAAGGUGUUGUGGAAAAGAAAUGGCCUGGGUGGCCUGGAGAGAACGUUUUCAGGAUGUUGGUCCCUGUGCAAAAAGUUGGUGGCAUUAUUGGUCGCAAAGGAGAGUACAUAAAGAAAACUUGCGAAGAAACACGGGCUCGCAUUAAGAUCCUUGAUGGUCCUCCUGGUACUACUGAAAGAACUGUGUUGAUUUCUGCAAAGGAAGAACCUGAUGUUUCUAUUCCUCCUGCAAUGGAUGGUUUGCUGAAAGUUCAUCAGCGCAUCAUUGAUGCUGAUAGCGAUUCUACUCAUGCCCCGCCUGGAGGGGCGGGAACUAUAUGCACAAGGUUACUCGUGGCAGGUACGCAAGGUGGAAGCUUGAUAGGGAAGCAGGGUGCCACCAUAAAGACCAUUCAAGAUUCUUCAAAUUGUAAAAUUCGGGUUAUAGGAGGAGAAAACCUACCAGUUUUUGCUCUACCUGAUGAUAGUGUUGUCGAGAUACAAGGGGAGACUACAGGUGUACACAAGGCUGUGGAACUGAUUGCAACUCAUCUAAGAAAGUUUUUAGUCGAUCGCAGUGUUAUUGGGAUAUUUGAGAUGCAAAUGCAAAUGCCAAAUGCUCGUCCGAAUCAAGAGAUGCCCCCUCCCCAACCUUGGGCUCCAUCUCCCCAAGGUUUCCCGAUGAAUGCUGGCGGUGGACCUGGCUUUGGACCCAAUCAAUAUAUGCCACCUCAGCACCAAUAUGAUAACUACUAUCCACGGGUAGACAUGCCUCCGCCAAUGGAUAAACAGCCUCGUCAAGGUCCACCUUCUUAUGGUAGGGAUCCGUCUAUGGGACCACCUCAUAGUGCAGGUGUGCAGCCACAACAGUCUAUAGUCACAAAGGUCUCACAGAACAUGCAAAUCCCUCUUUCAUAUGCUGAUGCUGUAAUUGGUACCUCCGGAACUAAUAUUAGCUAUAUUCGACGAGCCAGUGGUGCAACCAUUGCGAUACAAGAAACACGAGGUGUUCCUGAUGAAAUGACUGUUGAGAUAAACGGAUCAGCUUCACAAGUUCAGACCGCUCAACAGUUGAUACAGAAUUUCGUUGCUGAAGCUGCAACUGCCGCUCAGAACUCAGCUGGUCCACCGCCUAGCCAAGGCUAUAAUCCAUACCCUGGUCAUGCUCCUGCUUACCCUUCUCAACCACCACCUGCUGGCCAUGCACCGGCUGCAGCCGACUAUGGUGGACCUGUGUAUGGCGGCAGUUACGGGUAUUGAAGGAUAUUUUGACAGAAAUACCCUUUGCAAUCUCCUUGAUGAGUGGAGGUUGCCAGGGGUAAUGUUGUAACAAGAUGUUCUUGUUUAGAAGUAGGUAGGUGUUUUCUUUAUUGGUCUUUGCUGAAAACAUGGGUUUUUUUUGUUUCUCGAUCGUAGUUUAUGCAACUUGUGUUUCUGAAUGAUGGCUAUUGAAGUCUUUUUCCUUCAUUUUUAGAUGCAGUUUAGCUUAUGU